AUGGCGUACACACGAGUGUUGAGCUGUGUCAUGCUUGCGCUUAUUUCAAGCAUAAUUGCGAGCAUUCAAUUGAAUCAUGCAAUAAUCCAUAUACAGGAAAACUACCAAAGAAGAAGACUAAACCUCUCAAGAUUGUUAUCCACAACUACAAGCACUUUUACUCGAGUAAAACGACUUAGAUGCAGACGUGAGAGCAAAGAGAGAAGAUUCUGGACAAGAUCAGGUCGUACAAGCGCCUGGUGGAACAACUUUGCCGAUCAAGUGGUGAUACCAGAAGAGUGGAAAGAGAACUUUCGAAUGAGCAGAGACUCGCUAUAUAAUCUAGCUGAAGAACUGAGACCAUGCUCGUUCGGUGUAUGA